AUGGCUUGUGUAAAGAUCCAUUUCUUGAAGAUGAAAUCGAAAUUUUAUGAGAAUUUAAGUUUUCAUUUCGGUAAAUUGAAUUAUAUGAUGUGCAUGUGCGUUCCAGUCUUAUACCCGAACGACACGUUUCAUGAGCAAAGAAUGAAAGUUGAUUUUGAAGAAAAAAGGCUCAUCAUGUGCAAGAACAAGACUCAGUCAAAAUUACACAAAGUCCACAGGUGUACGACAAUACAAAGACUUUUACAACCUCAACGUGUAAGUCAUAAAAAUAAAUUUCACAUUCUCUUCCGACAUAGUGAAGCUAGUAAAUUGCAACAUGACAGCGACAGCUUGGAGUGA